CCCGCAUGGAAGCUGGGCGGCCUCAGGGCCCAGAUGGCCCCUUUGCCCCCUCGGUAGUGUGGAGGCCGUCCUCGGGCCUGCGGGCGGGUGGCCCAGGUCACGGCUGUGCUCCUGGCCGCAUUCUGGGCACUGGUUUGCUCAUGCGGGAGGCUCACUGCACGGCUUCUUCGUUGCAGGUUGAAGAAGGAAGCAAAGCUGCCGCGGUGGACAAGUUACUGGCGGGAGACGAGAUCGUGGGCAUCAAUGACAUCGGCCUCUCGGGGUUCAGACAGGAAGCGAUUUGCCUGGUGAAGGGGUCCCAUAAGACCCUGAAGCUGGUGGUAAAAAGGAGGAACGAGCUGAGCUGGAGGCCCCACUCCUGGCACGCCACCAAGUUCUCCGACAGCCACCCCGAGACACCCACCUGCCAGCUGUCCUCCGCCGGCGCCUGCCCGUCCUGGCACGGCCGACACCACGCCAGGUAGGCGCGCUGCCCGCACCAUGGGAGGUGUGACUCUGCAAACACGCCUAGCCUCCCAGCCCCGUCGGCACAGCGCCUUCCUUGAGUUUAGAAUGAUUUUGUUUUCCUGAUGAGAAAAGGCCACGGACACACCACUGCUGCGGGACUUCUCAGUGUG